AUAGGUUCACUGAGUUCUGGCUCGUCAACUUUCCAUCCACCAUUCCCCAGCCCUCUCGCCAUGGAUCACCGUGUCUCCCGUCGAACCGAGAUCCUAAUCAACCACCUCCUCCGCCGUGCACCGCCACCUUCCUCCGUUCUUCAUCCCCACCGCUGCCUGAGCUACUCCCCUCCCGAGCUCUCCAAUGGAUUCGCGUUCGACUUGCGGGAGAUGCGAAGGUUAAUGGACGGGCACAAUCUGGAGGACCGCGAUUGGCUCUUCUCCGUCAUCGUGCAGAGCGCACUCUUCAACCGCCGCGAGCGCGCCGGCAGAAUUUUCGUCUGCCCCGACUACAACCAGUCCAUGGAGCAGCAGCGCGAAGCCACCAUGAGGCGCAUAGAGUAUCUUGUGGAGAGAGGAGUUUUCCGAGGGUGGCUCACUGGCGAGGGUCCGGGGGAGGAGCUGAGGAAACUUGCGCUCUAUGAGGUUAUAGGGAUGUAUGAUCACUCCCUUGCUGUUAAGCUUGGGGUUCACUACUUCCUCUGGGGAGGGGCCGUGAAGUUUUUGGGAACCAAGCGCCAUCAUGACAAGUGGUUAACGGCUACUGAAAACUAUGACAUGAAGGGUUGUUUUGCUUUGUCUGAGUUGGGCCAUGGAAGUAAUGUGCGAGGAAUUGAAACAGUCACUACUUAUGAUUCAAACACUGGAGAAUUUGUAGUCAAUACUCCAUGUGAAUCGGGUCAGAAGUAUUGGAUUGGUGGUGCAGCAAAUCAUGCAACACAUACUAUAGUCUUUUCACAGCUCUAUGUAAAUGGAAGCAAUCAAGGGGUGCAUGCAUUCAUUGCCCAAAUCAGGGAUUCAGAUGGAAACAUAUGUCCAAACAUUCGAAUAGCCGAUUGUGGUCACAAAAUUGGUGUAAAUGGAGUUGAUAAUGGCCGUAUCUGGUUUGAUAAUGUGAGGAUACCUCGGGAGAAUUUGUUGAAUUCUGUGGGUGAUGUUUCCCCAACUGGUGAAUAUUUGAGUGACAUAAAAAAUGUUGAUCAGAGGUUUGCUGCUUUCUUAGCCCCGUUGACCAGUGGUCGGGUUAUUAUUGCUGCUACUGCUGUUUACAUUUCCAAGAUUAGCUUGGCCAUUGCUAUAAGAUAUGCACUGACAAGGCGGGCAUUCUCCAUUACACCAAAUGGGCCUGAAGUUUUACUUCUCGAUUACCCUAGUCAUCAACAGCGUCUGUUACCUUUACUUGCAAAGGUGUAAGUCCUCUAAUUACAUGCAUUUUGAUAUCUAUUUGAUCAGACCUCAAAAAUAAAAAUGCUUCAAUUUUUUAUGGGAAACUGAAGCUUAGGCAUGCCAUUUUGAAUAUAUUCUUCAAUGAAAGAUGCCUUUUGUUUUUCUCACCAAAAUGUUAAGACAAAGAAUCUUUAAA